AGUCCAUCAGUAGUGGCUGGUUUGCGCUUAGAAAAAGCUCUUUUCAAGAAACACCAGUACAAUAGUCCAUAUAUGAAAGAUUGGUGCGGCGAAAAUGAACAUUACGAGCAUUGCGGUCCUAAUUGUCCAGACACAUGCAAAAAUUAUAAAGACGUUCAUAAGCCGUGUCUCCGAAGAUGCGUUAAAGGAUGCUUUUGCAAUGAAGGAUAUGUAAAGGCUGGAGAUGGUAACUGCGUGAAGCCAGAAAAUUGCCUCUCUUCUAUAAAAACUUUAUGCCAUAAAAACGAACAUUAUGAAUAUUGCGGUACUGGCUGUCCGUCUAUCUGCGAGAAUCAAGAAAUAACACACAAGUCAUGUUCCGAAAGAUGUGUUGCUGGAUGUUUUUGCAAUAAAGGAUAUGUAAAAGCUGAAGACGGUCGUUGCAUAAAAAACGAACAUUGUGCCUUUCAAGAGGAGAAUUGCCCGGAAAAUCAGCAUUUUAGGGCAUGCGGCACACCCUGUCUCUACACAUGUGAAAAAUUUCAGAACCGUAGAAAACGGUGUCUUGAAAGGUGUGUUCCAGAUUGCUUCUGUGAUAUAGGAUUUCUAAAGACCGAAGAUGGCCGCUGCGUAAGACGUGAAAAUUGCCCAGUUCGUAAACUAACAGUUGAUUGUCCUGAAAAUGAGCAUUUCGAAGAAUGUGGAAGUGCCUAUCCCACUACCUGCGACAAUUCGGAAGAUUUCGAACGACCAGAGGUCGAAAUGUGUGUUAAAGGUUGUUUCUGCAAUAAAGGCUUUCUAAAAGAUGAAAAUGGGCAAUGUGUAACUCCAGAGAAUUGUCCUCGUGUUUGCAAACAGCAGAAGCAGUCGGGACCGUGCACAUUAAGGAUUCAAAGAUUUUAUUUUAAUAACAAGACAAGGCAAUGCGAAAUCUUUAUAUAUGGAGGCUGCCUUGGAAACAGAAACAACUUUAUGACUAAACAGCAGUGUGAAGCCACUUGUGUUGAGUGCCCUGAGAAGCAGCAUUUUGAGGUAUGCAGCUCACCUUGUGUCUUCAGCUGUGAAAAAUAUCGAGACCCUAGCAAAGUAUGCCUGGAAAAGUGUGUUUCAGGAUGCUUUUGCGAUAAAGGAUAUUUAAAGACAAAAGAUGGCCGUUAUGUGAAACCAGAAAAUUGCCCACUUCGUAUACUAAGUGCUUGCCAACAACGGAGGCAGUCCGGACCGUGCAGACACAUCUUCCACCGAUUUUAUUUUAAUAACAAAACUAGAAAAUGCGAACUUUUCAUUUAUGGAGGUUGCCAUGGAAACAAAAACAACUUUAGAACCAGAAAGCUGUGUGAAAAUACGUGUGUUGGUUAAGAAACACAGGGCAUGAAACCUAAUUCACUAGCAAUGUAGAGUACAGGAUAUUUUAUAAAUAUUUUAUUGCUCAGUAAGUCUUCUUCACUGCCAUUUCAGAGGCAACAAAGCACACAUAUAAAACGUUUUUGGAACUUGCCUAUGGGUUUUAGAAUUCUAAAUUUCUAAUCAUGCUAGGUAUUUGUUGAGCGAUACUGUGGUGAAAAAAACUAAUGAUGAUAAUAUAUACGUGUAAUUUGAGAAUAAGACUUUCAGACUUCAUGCAGUUGACUAACUGUGAGAACUCUCACUAAAAACUGUGAGAGUUUUCUAAAUUAGAUGUAUAAAUACCGACUGCAUUACUUUCAUAGCUUAAAGCCGGCAAACCAGUGUACAGAUUCUGUCUCCUCUAUGUGAUACAGCAAGAUAUUCACGCAGAAAGACGUUGUGAGAAAUACAUAUAAGCAAGCAUCUGUUGCUGUUCUUUGUUGCUGUUUCAUUACAUUGUCGUAGCUCUGUUUAACACAUUCAUGGCUACAAAAAACUAAAACAACUUUCUACAAUCACCUUUCUACAAUCUCAUUAUAGCUGCAUCAGAGUAUAUUUCAACUACAUAAUGUUUGUCAAAUAUGGCAGGUCGCCUUUCGUGACUGAAAAUCUAUAAUAUCGACAUGCACCUCUCCUGAUCGAGCAUGUGUGAUAGGUGAUAAAUGGUACUUAUGCUAGUUCUGGAAUUUCAAUGAAUUGGCUAGCCAACUAAAGCACACCAUUCUAAACUUUAAAACAUUCUAUCGAACUGCGAAGCAUACACAUCUGAAGGAAGCUGGAUAACUUAUUGUAUCUAAUUCAAAACUUAUGCAAAAAAAUUAUGAUAUGGUACACUUUUGUAUAUAGCCUCCAUUUCUCUACACUCGUAAUACUUUCCAAUUUUUACCUAUUAUCGUAAGUGAAAUGGUUCUUCGUAGAUGUGUCGUUUUCUUGUUUUUAAGUAGUUUUUUUAUACCCUGUAGACGAACAAAUGUUUAAAUACUUUUAAUUUUUUUAAAGUAUUUGUGAAUAAAUGGCAUAUAAUUUGUUGUUACGCUUUUGCGACUUAUCUCACUUGUCUGAAAGUAACAUAAGUACAAGUCCACCAAAUUCAUUUGGACAACGUCGGCAAGAGCUUCGAGCACCAUAGAGGUGACCGUAAGGCUUUGUUUAGUUCCGCCCCCAGUUUGGAUGAAAAGCAGCCCGGGGGGACGGUUCGAGGAUCUUCCACUCUCUUCUUCUAGCACUGACCUCCUGAGAGGACUUCCGGCUCGACGCAUAUUUAGAGUGCCCCAUGCUGCAUAGACACUAUACAUAGUUUACUUUAAUGACGGAGGACGCGAGCACCACCCCUCUACCAUGGCGGUUAAUUGGUAUAGCACCGCGUCCCCCUUUAUCUAAAGCACCCCAAGAUGGUAUGGUAUGGGGAAGGGUGGGAGCCCCACGAACCCCCCAGACAGUCGCUGAGAUCCAGCAUAUUUAUUGGAUGUCAUGUGAUAGAAUAAAUAAAUAAAUAAAUAAAUAAAUAAAUAAAAUGAAAUAAAAUAAAAUAAAAAUUUUUAAAAAAUGCCAAACAAGGGGCAUAGCAGAUAAGUACUUUGCCACAAUUAGUGCUUUAAGUGACAUACAUAUGCAGCAUAGUAUAAACUGGUUAGUAUGCC